GGCUUCCGCUUUCUGUUCACGCGCACGCCCCGCCGCCGAAUAAUGAUAAUAAUGAUCAAGAUGGCUACUACGGAAUCCGUCUGGCGGUAGCUGAGCACUACUUUCAUGGAACAAGUCAAAACUGCCAUUUCGUCAAGUUUAAGCCGCCCGUAGCGAAGCGGAGCGGUGCCGGGAACCGUUCUUUAUGGACUGAAUCGGGCUGAGAGGAGGUAAAAGUGAAGCUGUUGGCCGCAGCACUCAUUGGGAGAAGCUAGCUAGCUAGCUGGGGAAGAUCUAGCUCCACUUGUCGACCGUCUCUAGGUUUCGCUCUCCAGCCGACGGCUCCGGAGUCUGGCCCCGCUCGUCGGACAGGCACAGCGAUAAAUGGCGGAACCCAGGAAGGUGCCGUUCGUCACCAUCUCAUCCUUCAGCACCGCUUCGCCACCGACCCCGCCGGAGUCCAGCAAGAAGCGCCGUCACGAAGAUGAGGCCGUGGACAUCACUUUUGGGAAAGAUGGAGGCGGCGGUGCCGCGGGGUUGGGGUCAGGAGGUGGCGGGGGUCUGUUCGGUGGGAACGCGAAGGGAGGCGACGCCGACAGCGGCGCGACAAAACCGACGGUCCGCCUGGAUCUGCCACUGGCCGAACCCAACGAGCGAGGGUCCUCCGAGUUCAACUACGGAGAACUGGUGCAGUCAACUCAGGUAAAGUCUCCACGUUCAGCAGCUCCUAAAGGACUCACUCCUGCCCUGGACCCCAACGACCCCUUCGCUGACGACGAGAAGGAGCGACGGGAGGUGGAGGAGUUGGCCAAGAAAUUUGAGAGCAAAUAUGGAUUAGGCACCAAGAAGAAGAAGAAGGACAGGAUGCAGGACCUCAUUGACAUCGGCUAUGGCUACGACGACACCGAUCCCUUCAUAGACAACUCAGAGGCUUAUGAUGAGCUGGUUCCAGCGUCUCUCACCACAAAACACGGAGGUUUCUACAUCAACACGGGAACUCUGCAGUUCAGGCCAGCAUCAGAUUCUGAGGGUGAAAAUGCAGGAACAGAUGAUCAUCACUUCAAGAAGAUGAAAGAUGGUGAAGAGCGGGUGGUAAAAAAACGUCGCAAGAAGCAAGACGGUGGCAUUCUGGAGGAAAAGAAACCCAAGAAGAUGAAAGUCCAAAAGCUGGGAGUUACAGCUCUGAACGUUCAUCGUCCAGAGAAGAAGAAGAGGAAGAAGCUGAUGAAGGACACACUCCAGCUGGCCAACAUGCUGCGCCGCUUCACCAAGGAGAAGGAGGAGAUGCGCAAGAAGAACGUAGCUGCUGUCGGCCUGCAGCGGCCCACUGCCAAAGUGCCCAGUACCAACAGUGCACUGCUCCACCCCCAGAACAAGGCCGCUGGCGCCAGUGACUGCAACAUAGCGGACUUGAGCUCUGACCCGGCGGUGCUGUCCCUGCUGGGCUCGGCCAACAACGACCUACUGCAGGACAUGAUGGGUGACCUGGACUUUGGCAUGUUGGACUCUCCUCAGCCAUCCAGUCCAGCGCAGGGAGAGAACAGCUCGUUUGGACAGAAAGCAGGAGGAGGCAGAGUGGCACAGGGGAGCAUGAUGCCCCCCCCCCCUCUGCCCAGUGGACUCCCAGGCCCCCUUAACAAGCGCAUUGAAGACCUGAGAGCGGCGUCUCGUCUGUUUGAUGAGGAGGGCAGGAAGAAGUUCUUCACACUGGACAUGAACAACAUCCUGCUAGAUAUCGAGUUGCAGGUUCAGGAGCAGCCUGUGGAGGUGCGUUCUGCCGUCUACUCUCACCUUGAGGCCUUCGUGCCCUGCAAUAAAGAAGCUCUGCUCAAACGCCUUAAGAAGCUCAGCCUCAACAUCCAGGACGACCGCCUUCGAACGCCGCUGUUGAAGCUGAAACUGGCCGUGUGCAGCGUGAUGCCAGAGCAGAUCGCUCGCUACAACAUGGACUGCAUCGCUAAGGUGGCAAAGCAGCAGCAGUCUGAGGACGGAGAGAAGAACGGCUCUGACGAUGACGAUGAGGAGAAGCCAGGGAAGAGGGUGAUGGGGCCACGGAAGAAGUUUGUCUGGGACGACAAACUCAGGGUGUUGCUGUGUAACCUGGUGCGGGUGAAGCUGGGCUGCUACGAGCUGGAGGGCAAGAACGCGCUGUCUCUGGAGGACUACCUCAAAGCCUUCAUGGAGACCGAGGUCAAACCUCUGUGGCCCAAGGGCUGGAUGCAGGCCAGGAUGCUGUUCAAAGAGAGCAUCUCGGUUCACGGCCACCUCACCGGCUACACAGCAAAGAAAAAGAUGGUUCCUACUCCCAAAUCCAAACCAAAGGAGGCCAUGUGGGUCCAGCGAGCCACACCUUCAGCUGGUGCCACUCCCUCACCUGCCGCCCAGGUUGCCAAGCGACCGCCUCAGUCUCCCUCUCAGCCCAUAUGUCUGGAUUCCCUGGAUGUGGAUCUGACCACUCCCUCUCUGGACAUCUCCCAGGCUCUGGCCAUCCUUGGCAACGCAGCCAAGGGCCUGGCCCAGGGGGACAGCCCCCCGUCCCCAGAUGGACACAAGGCAGCCACCAACCUCUCCUCCCUUCACGCCUCGCCACUCAUGCAGCAGCAGAAGAAGAACUCUGUCAGCACUCCCAGCACCAGUGCACCUCACUACAUCUCUACCUCUAUGUCUUCCUCCACCUCUCUGUGUCGGACCCCCUCCAUCGUGGCCUCUCCUCUGCCUUCAGUGAGGGUGGAUGGGAUGGGGGUCGCCAAGGGCACGCCGCAGGCACACAGACACUCAGUGAUGAACACUCAGAGACCCGUGGGUGUGGCCAAAGCCAACAUGCCCGCCUCAGCAUCGCCACCUAAACCACGCCCCCCUCCUACUGCAUCUCCAUUGGUGGCCCCAGGAUCCAAAACGGGGGUCUCCACGCCCCCGUCUGGCCUCCUUAAAGGCAGCAAUAGUAAAGCCAGUGGCGGAGACGCUCUCAUCAUCACAUCACCUCAGCAACACGUUCUCUCAUCGUCAUCACUCAUGACCACAAAGACCUUCCAGGCUCCUCGUCUGCCUCAAACCCCACAGGGCAAACCCUCUCCUGCCCCCUCCCUCGCUCAGUCACAGCCUCAGUCCAACUUCAUCACCCCUAUGCACGCCACUCUCACCAAGUCCACACACAGCAGCAUCCCACCAAUCAUCAAACUCACUCCCCGCACCCCCAACCCCUCCGCCACUGCUGCCACCUCCAUCUCUCAAAGCCCCAGGUCUCAGGCAACACCCACCCUUCACCAGUACUCUCCCAAAAGCCCAGCAGGGUUUCGCCCGUCGUUCUCAGGUGUCCAAGCAGGAGUAGUCAAGCCGGGGCAGAGCAUUUACACUCCACCCGGCGGCCAGAAGCCCCCCACCAACAACAACACCACCAACACCAGCCUUAUUAACGCCUCAUCCAUAAGCAAGCAUUCAGGAUCCAGUGCCUCCCCCACCGUGGCCUCUGUCAAUCUGGGCCAGCGCCAGAGGCCCGUGGGCGGAACGCCUCAGGGGGCCAAGCCGGUCACGUCGGUCUCAUCAUCAUCUGUGUCCUCUAAGCUAUCGCAGGUGUCUUCAGCAGGAAGCGGCGGUCUCCUCGGCUCGGCCUCGUCUCUUCCCCUGGGCUUUGGGAUGUUGGGGGGCCUGGUUCCGGUCUCCCUGCCCUUCCAGUUCCCCUCGCUGCUCAGCCUGCCCCCGCUGGGCUCAGCAGGCUCCAGCACAGCGGCCAGCGGCUCCACGGCCAGUAGCAGCGCCCAGUUCUCCAGCCUGACCCAGAAUGUGGGUCAGAGCCAGACGGGAGACGCCAAGAGGAAGACUCUAUGAUACAGGCCGAAGCAGGACUGCACACGCCCCUGACAGGUCUGAAGAACAGACUGGGUUUCACCCACGACAACUUGACUUGAAGUUCUGAUGAACACAGUUAAAGCUAUGCUUUAUAAGAAACAACAACUUUUCUUCCUAGAUUUUAAAGACAGUUGUCAAUGUUUACAGAGUCGACCUAUAUCACUGUGGCCUGGGAGCGUCUGACUGGUUUUUACAAGCGCGUUUGUGUGACUGUGCCUUUUGUAGGUCUCCCUCUCUGAUGCAUGGUCAGUGUCUAUUUGGUGCUGUUUUUAUUAUAAUGUAAUUAUCACUGAGACCUGUAAGAAAUGUAAACUGCAAAUUGUUGAAUUUGAGCUUUUUCCUCGGUGAGUUGUAAACUUUUGCAUUAAUGAACAAAUUCCUCUGUACAGAUCUUGAACCGGAUUUUAAUUAAAAUGUUUCCUUUCA